AUGCCGCAGCCACUCCCACAGCUGCUGGAGACGCGACAGGCGAUGGAGAUCAUACCUGGCGUGUUGUACUUCGCCUCAAUAGGCGAGAAGCUGCCCACGAUCGGUGAAGCCGUUGCGUCGAUGGCUCCGUCACGCGCUGGAUCGGCAGCCUCGCAGGGCAUGCCGAAGGAGGAGAACAUUGAGGUGGCCGCCGCCACCGCGGCGUUGGAGGCAUCCAUGCAUGCUGCGCAGACCCGGCGGCAGCACAGGCAGCGGCAGCCCCAGAAGCCACAGCACCCCAAGAAGAUGAAGAUGGACGAUGCGCAAAAAGGUCGUUCAUCGCCACUAACCCUUCGCCGCGCACGAUCCAACGCCGCUCAGGCUCUGCUGCUGCGACGGCGACUGCUGCGGGACAGUGACAAUGACAAGGAUUGCGGCGGCGCUCUCGAGAAUAAUGCAUUCUACUUUUCCGUCAGUGAAAGCCGGGAGUUCCAGUACCGGCCCUUCUUCGCCGACUUUGGCCCGUUGGAUUUGAGCUGUGUGACGCGUCUGUCGCGGCGGUUGGUGGGGCUGCUGGAGCGCUGUGCUGCGUACGCAUGGAGCAGAGACGAAAGCGGCGCGGCGGUGUUCGGCCCGCGGGCGGGCUCCGCUCGCCCCUCCACUGAUUUGACCGCAACACAACGGUCGCACUUCACCGACACCGACGCCGAUGAGGACCCACCGCUCCCGAUUAUCUUCUGCAGCAGCUUGAGCAAUCAUGAACGCGCCAAUGCGGCGUGUUUGCUUGCCUGCUUCUGCGUCUCCACGCUGCGUUGGUCGGCGUCGGCGACUUGGCGUGUAUUCCAGCAGGCGUACCCACCCAUCAUUCCCUUCAGGGAUGCGAGUUACGGUGUGUCGACGUUCCCACUGGCACUUCUGGACGUUAUUUCGGGUCUUGAGAAGGCUAUUGCACUGGGCUGGUACAAUGUGCUUACAUUCAACCUCAACGAGUACGACAGGCUGCGGCGUCAAGACUGCAGUUGGGUUGUGCCGGGCGUAUUUCUCGCCUUUUCGUCCCCAAAGAGCGGCAGGCCUGAGCGGUGUGUCGAGCUCUACGCGAAGCUCUUUCAGGAGCUGCGGGUUUCGCACGUGGUGCGGCUGAACGAGCCGCUUUAUAAGCGUGAAACGUUUCUUGCCAACGGCAUUCAGCAUAUUGAGAUGGAGUUCCCCGACGGCAGCGCGCCGAAUGAUGACGUCGUCGCCCGCUUCCUUCGGGCCGUUGAGCCCAUACUGCCGUCACCACCACCGCCGCCGUGGCAGAAGAAUAAGAGGCCGCAGCAGCAGCUAAGCUAUCCAUCGAGGAAGAAGGCCAAAACUGGGGGCGGUGGUGGCGCGGUUUCAGUUCACUGUCAUGCUGGGCUGGGGCGAACCGGUACGCUGAUAUGCGUGUACAUUAUGCAGCACUAUGGCUUAACUGCGCGAGAAAGCAUUGGAUGGAUUCGUCUGUGCCGCCCUGGGAGUGUAAUGGGCGUGCAGCAGGUUUUCCUGGAGCGGUUUGAGCGGCGGCUUUCGCGGCCCACUAAGGAGUCUGAUAUUCUCCUCGCUGAAUACCACGCGAGUGUCAUUGGGUCUGGUGUCGUUGAUGAAAUCAGCAACUACACCUACCAGAUCCACGGCUUCCGGCCUGUGUCGGCGUCUGCAAUGUCGGCAUCAGCCACUUCUUCCUUGACCUUAUCAUCAUCAUCAUCAUCACCGGCAACAGCAAUACCAGCAGCAGCAGCAGCACCGGUAACAGCGGCGUCGUCAUCGUUGGGCCGGUCGGCCGCCGAUAAGGUGGUGACUAGAAACGCAGAGCAGCGACUAGCCAUGGCGGAGAUGGAGGCGUUGCUGUAUGACGCCUCGUACGUCCCGCAGCGCUCCACCGUACAGUCGCUCAAAUACCCAUCCUCUUACUUUCUCGCGUUGGAGAAGGUAAACCCCUCGCGCAACGCCUUUGCCCUGCAGAAUCGCUUUGCCACACGUCGCCUGUGUGCGCGGCAAAGCGAGGCGGAUUACUCCAUGACAGUGGCGCAGCGAGUCAGUUCAGCACAGCCGGUAAAGGACGCACGGAUGCUGGCCACUGCACUGGCAGCAGCAGCAGCAGCAACAACAACGACGGCGACAGCUAGCAGCACACCGGACCCUGUAGUGCAGUCAAGUGGGGACGGCGACACAGCCAAUCGUCCUUUAGAUGAUCAUGGCGAUGAUGAUGUUGACGAUAAAGAGAGGCCCAACGUUUCGGCGGGCACGCCACCAACGCCGCAGUCGUCGAUAGUGUGGCGCACGCCCAACACAAUCGCCAGCAUCACGCCACCGCGCGUGCAAGCCCUUGUACGUCAGUCGCGAAAGCAAAAGGGGGUGCACCUUGACCUGCUGGAUGUGGUCGCUAACGACAACAGCUCCAGCUGCCACAGCCUGAGUCAGCUGAGUAGCUUUUACGGGUGCUUGAAUCCGCCAACGAUUGGACCGAGCGGUGAGGACCUGGCGGCGAUCAACGCUGUUGCGCGACGGUUGCCUAUCCCGCGUCUCCCGGUACAGGCACGAAGCACUGCGCCACACACAAUGGGGCUUCCACCCAACCCACUGCAGCGGCCCGCGAAGUUGUGCGUAACUUCGCUGGUGAAACAGGCUGCGGUAGCGGAUCCAGGAUGGGGGGCGCUGGCGGUGCGGCUUGAGCCGUAG